CUUCAAGCGAUCGUUGGGUUCGGUUCUUUGGAAAUUAAAGAGGCGGGGCGAGCGGACGCAUGCGCAAUCGUGCGUUUCUGGCACUUAGACUGGGUGCGCGGCGUUCCGUGCGCGCCGCGCACAGAGAUAUGCAGAUGCAGAGAUAGUCGCUCGUGGUCGUGGUCGCUCGGCAGACGUGCAACGGAACGGGCUAGUUGUGGCGCAGAAUGCAUAAGUAAACUUUUCUCUUUCAUUCUUUCUCUCUGUCUUUCUCUCUCUUUCUCUCUUUCGGCCGCAGUUUCGCGCUUUUGCGACGGGGCGGCAUAUAGGCGCCAUAUAGACUAUAGACUAUAGACGACUACUUACGCACGGUUGGAGCUGUGUGCGUGUCCAGUUCUCUUGGCUUCUUGUCCCUCUGCUGCCGACAGCGCUGCUACCUCUCGCCCGCGUUGGCCUGCACAGUCCAUCACACCGCGUAUACACUGUUCGUCUCGAGAAAUGGAGCUCGAGCAGGCGGCUCCACAGAUGAACGCGGAUCCGGAAAAGAAGGUCAAGGAGAGCGGCGGCGGCGGCGGCGACGUCGUCUCCGGGAAUCAUAGCGAUCAUAUCAAUGGCAUGUCCAAUGGUUUUGAUAAGAAAAGGGAACACAAGUCCGAGCAUAGAGAUAAAGACAAAGAGCGAUCUCACAAAUCGGAUCACAGGGACAAAGAUAGGAGCAAGGAGAAGGAGAAGAAUCACAAGAGCGAACAUAGGGAUAAGGAUAAGGACAGGCAUAGACAUAGCUCCAGUUCUGUCAAGGAUAAGGAGAAACAUGAUAGCAGCGGUAAUAAGGAUAAAGACAAAGAUAAAAAGAGCUCUUCUAAUAAGGAUAAGGAGCAUAAGAGUAGCAGUUUGUCUAACAAAGAUAAAGACAAGAGCAAGGAACAUCAUCAUAAAUCGAGUUCGAGUUCUAAGAACAAAGACAGAUAUCACAACAGUUCCAAGGACAAGGACUCAAAGAGCAAAGAUAAAGAUAAGUACAGACACAAUAGUUCCUUAAAUUCUAGUUCGCGCGACAAAGACAAGGAUCGAAAUCUCUCAAAGGACAAGGAGAGAGAUAAUAAAAAGCAUUCAUCCGAGAGAGACAAAGAUAGACAUUCCACUUCUCAUUCUUCGGGCGAUAAAGAGAAACAUCGUUCGUCGGAGAAAGACAAAGACAAGCAUAGAGAAAGCUCGUCCGGCAGCAAGGAUAAGCAGCAUCGCCAUGAAAAAGAUAAAGAUCGCCACCGACACGAUAAAGAUAAAUCUAAACAUCGUGACGAAAAGGAAAAAAGGGACAAAGAUAAGGAAGAUAUUAAAAUAAAGGAAGAAACGGAUGUGAAGUUGAAUCAUGCGACCAACGAAAGGUUUCAUUAUAAUCUGGAAGUCAAGCCAGAGAUAAAAGAAGAACCUAUGACGCAACUAGAACUAGAGGACGAUGAUGACAGCGGUGGUGAGCGACCGCUCUAUAUCAAAGAGGAGGACGAUGACGAGGAAGUCGUCAAGGAAGACGCUAGUAUGGAUUCGACGGACGGAAACGAUACCAGACUAUCAGAUCUUCAUAACACGACCUUAAAGACGGAAGAGGACUCGGAAGAAGAUAAACCAUUAUUUUCGAGGUCGAAAGUGUCGCCGAGUAGAGUAAAGAGGAAGGUCGAGUCGGACGAAGAGGAAGACUUACCAUUGUCGGCGCGUAAGAAACCUAAAAAAGUGACUAGCUCAAAGACCAAGAAGAAAAAACGAAAACACGACGGGGAGAACGACGAUUCUGAAGCAGAGUCUGAAGAGAAAUCAAAGAAAAAGUAUGCAAAGGCGAAAGGAGAAAGCAUCAGUCCGAGAAAAAAGAAGCAAGAAGAGGAGCAAGAAGUUUGGAAAUGGUGGGAAGAGGAGAAGAAAAGCGACGGCACAAAAUGGCAUUUCUUGGAGCACAAGGGACCAGUGUUUGCACCAUCCUAUGAACCAUUGCCACCCAUAGUAAAGUUUUAUUAUAAUGGCAAAGAGAUGAAGCUGAGUCAGGAUACAGAGGAAGUCGCAACUUUCUAUGCACGCAUGCUGGAUCAUGACUACACAACCAAGGAUGCGUUCAACAAUAACUUCUUUCAUGAUUGGCGGGAGGUGAUGACUGAAUCGGAACGCGCCAAAAUCACCGAUCUAUCCAAAUGUAACUUUAAAGAGAUGCACGCAUAUUUCUUGCAAAAAAGCGAGGAACGCAAGGCCAUGACAAAAGAGGAGAAGCAUAAGAUUAAAGAAAAGAAUGAGGAAAUCCAGAAGGAAUAUGGCUUCUGCAUCAUCGAUGGUCACAAGGAGAAAAUCGGUAAUUUCAAGAUUGAACCGCCCGGCUUGUUCAGAGGUCGCGGCGAGCAUCCCAAGAUGGGCAAGCUAAAGAAGCGAGUAUUGCCGGAGGAUGUGCUCAUCAAUUGUUCAAAAGACUCAAAUAUACCGAAACCGCCAGCCGGCCACAAAUGGAAAGAAGUGCGACACGAUCCCAACGUCACGUGGCUUGCGUCCUGGACGGAGAAUAUUCAGGGUCAAGUAAAAUAUGUGAUGCUGAAUCCGUCCAGCAAACUUAAGGGCGAAAAGGACUGGCAAAAGUAUGAAACGGCGCGGAAACUGGCGCAGUCGAUCGACAAGAUUCGUGCGGAAUAUCGGGAGGAUUGGAAGAGCAAAGAGAUGCGUAUCAGGCAGCGCGCCGUCGCCCUGUACUUUAUUGACAAGCUGGCGCUCAGAGCCGGUAACGAGAAGGAUGAAGAUCAGGCGGACACCGUGGGCUGUUGCUCAUUGCGAGUGGAGCACAUCAAGUUGCAUGAGCAGAGGGAUGGCAAAGAAUACGUAGUUGUGUUUGAUUUCUUAGGUAAAGAUUCUAUACGAUAUUACAACGAAGUGCCCGUGGAAAAACGCGUCUUUAAGAAUUUGCAACUCUUCAUGGAAAAUAAAUCACCAGGGGACGAUCUUUUUGAUCGUCUCAAUACUACUGUGAUGAAUAAACACUUGAAUGAGCUAAUGGAAGGUCUCACCGCCAAAGUGUUCAGAACUUACAAUGCGUCAUGGACCUUGCAACAGCAACUUGACAAACUGACUGACCCGAACGACACUGAGGCGGAGAAGAUUCUUUCGUAUAAUCGUGCUAAUCGCGCCGUCGCGAUACUAUGUAAUCAUCAACGUUCCGUACCAAAAACGCAUGCGAAAUCCAUGGAAAACCUCAAGGCAAAGAUUGAUGCGAAGAAAGAAGCGAUAGCUGAGUGCGAAUUGCAAGUGAAGGAUGCCAAACGGGAUGCUAAACACGGUUCGGUAAAGGAAAAAGUAACAUAUGAGAAGAAGAAAAAACAACUGGAAAGAUUGAAGGAACAAUUGACAAAGUUGGAAGUACAGGCGACAGACCGAGAAGAAAACAAAGAGAUCGCGCUGGGUACCUCUAAGCUGAACUAUCUUGAUCCCAGAAUUUCCGUUGCAUGGUGUAAGAAACAUAAUGUACCUAUCGAGAAGAUCUACAACAAAACUCAGAGGGACAAAUUUCGAUGGGCGAUAGAUAUGGCAGGUCCCGAUUAUGUGUUUUAACCGUACGGGUCAUCAUUCACGUCGCCUGACGAUCUACGAAAGGAGGACCCUCCCGUUGACAAUGUAUCUAGUGAAUUUUAUGUUGUAACGAGAAACCGGGGGACUUAAAAAAAAGAGAGAGAGAGAGAAAGAGAGUGUGUGUGUGUGUGUUUGUGUGUAGGUGUAUGCGUGCGCGUGAGCUUGAAUAAUAUAAAAAAUUUUUUACAUUUACGAAAUAUAAAUGUGAGAAAGUGUGUUGCGAACAUAUUUUCUAUAGGAUGGUGUAUGGCGCAUUAAAUCAUGAGGAGCGAGAAGUGCGACUAUAUGCGGUAUGCAAACUCGCCAAUUUCGAGUCAAUCGUACGCACUUAUUUUGAAAAAAUGUGUUCUAGCCAUGUCCGGCUAGCUUGUUCGUCUAUGUGCUAAUUCGUGCAUAUGUACAGUACUCGGACGUAAAAUCGAUAAGAAUAAACAAGAGGAAAUCGCAAAUAGAUUUCAAGUGAAAGCAUGCGCAAAGCUUUGAUUUUAUUUCGUUUAGAUAGAAAUUUAUUCUGAGCGUGUAUGAGAUUAGGAAAGUAGCACUCCAAAUAUGUGCUAAAAAGCGUUUAAAUUUAUAGGCAUGCAUGCGUGUGCAGCAGCGUUUAAUGCAGCUGCAAAAAGCGCGAAAUAAUUUAAUGCAUCCUGUGCUAUCUUUGGCAUGCCAGUGGAGUAUGUAUAACAAAAUUUAGAUGCGCUGCUGUACAUAUAUAGGAAAUAUUCAUGCGUAUGAGACGGGGACACAACUUUAGUACGUAUUAAGGAAAAAAAAGAAAACAAUUAUCGCGGAGGAGGCAGCUGAUGAAUUUUAUAUUCUCUUAAAGCGUACAUACACGCGCAUAUACAUACACAUAAUUGUUUCUUUCAUAAAUGUAUGAUAAUGUCAUUCAUCAAAUAGCACAUUUACAUUUUACAAUACCGUGUAUGACGACAUUAUAUGUAUGUAGGGUAUAUUCGAUAUUGUGCACAUUUUUGAUAUAAAUGGAAAAGCAGAAAAUUAGCAAAGGAUAGCAGAUUUAUGCGGGAUCGAGAUUCGUCCAUCCUUCCGCUCCCCCUCUCCCCCUCCCCCAACCAUGGAUAGUAUAAAAUAGUGAAAUUUAUAUUUAAGUGACUUAUCGCCUUUAGCAAUUUAUGUUUUAUAAGGUGAUGUCUCUAAGCUAUAAAAUAAACGAGAAGUAUAUC